AUGAACUUUUCUUUCCUAUUUCUCUUCUUCUCCCUCUUCCUCUUCUGUUUUCAACACCCGAGUUCUGCAACUAGUCUUCACAAAAUGAAGCAUCUCAGGCCACAUCUUCUUGCUCAGCUUGGAUCUUCAACAAAUGACACCUCACCAACUGAGUUCUUCGAGGUAACCAAACCCAUUAAACUCCCUCCAACAAAGCCUUGUUCAUACCAUAUACUUGAACACGAUUUUGGCUUCACGUAUGGAAAAACGCCUGUUUUUGCCAAUUACAGUCCCCCCAAACAUUGCCCUCUCAAGUGUUCCAAGAUUGUUCUCGAGUGGAAGGCGACUUGUAAAGGAACUCAAUUCGAUCGUAUUUUCGGUGUGUGGCUUGGUGGAGUUGAGCUGCUUCGAAGUUGUACGGCGGAGCCUAGGCCUACUGGGAUUGUUUGGACUGUUAAAAAGGACAUUACGAGGUACUAUUCGUUGCUCAUGGAUGAUCAUCUUCUUGCUGUUUAUUUGGGAAAUAUUGUUGAUAAUACUUACACUGGGUUCUACCAUGUUGAUAUUUUCUUUCACUUUUAUCCUGACUUGAAGAGUUUUAGUAGUGAUGAACCAAAAUCUGAUGGAAGUUUAGCAUUUGGGUAUGACUUUCCAGCAGAUGUAAUAUUACCCAUCUCACGAAAUCUUCCAUUGAAUGAUGGGUUGUGGUUUGAAAUUGUGAGUUCCAAUGAUACAGCUAUGAAAGAGUUCAAAAUCCCCCAGAAUGCAUAUAGGGCUGUGUUAGAGGUCUACAUUUCAUAUCAUGAGAGAGAUGAAUUUUGGUACAAUAAUCCUCCAAAUGAGUACAUUGCUGCAAACAACCUUACUGAUACACCUGGAAAUGGACCAUUCAGAGAGGUUUUGGUCACUCUUGAUGAUCAGAUUAUUGGUGGGGUUUGGCCUUUUACUGUGAUUUACACAGGAGGGAUACAGCCCUUAUUGUGGAGACCAAUGACUGGAAUAGGUUCAUUUGAUCUUCCUUCUUACGAUAUUGAAAUCACACCAUUUUUGGGUAUGAUAUUGGAUGGAGAUACCCACUCAUUAGGGUUUAGGGUAACAAAUGCUUUGAAUGUCUGGUUCAUAGAUGCAAAUCUGCACGUUUGGUUGGAUAGAAAGAGCACAAAAACAGAAGGAGAACUUUCUAACCUCAUUGUCAAGCCUCUGGUUGUAUCCUCUGUUUCACGUUAUAAAGGCUUGAAUGGAAAUUUUCAAACUAGUGCGAGGAGAUCAAUUUCAUCAACUGGGUGGGUGAGAUCUUCUUUUGGUAAUAUCACAACCAGUUUAGUUCAAAACUUCACUUUCACGAACUCCCUGGUGUUUGGGAAAAACGGGGGAAUGGAGAGUGUCAGCCAAACAAUCCUUUUCAAUGACACUGUUGAUGCUGAGAUUCCAUAUUUUGCUGUCCAUUUUGUUGAUAAAACUGACAGAAAAUUUUCCCUAUCCUUCUACGUGGAUGAACUGAAUCAAAGAAACGAAACAUUUUCAUAUGUUGCAAAUGUCACAUUGGGAUUUGAAGAGAAUAAUGAUUCUGGAUUCUUAAGCAGCUCUCUCAAGAAUCUGCAGAAUGCUCACAGCAUUGUGGCCGUGAAGAAUGAUACUUUGGUUCAAGCAAUUGGUAGUACACAACAAGUAUACAAGUACAAAAGCCAUGAGUUUUGCUAUUUCCGGAAUGUGAGUAAUUUAGGGUACUCUAUUCUCUAUGAUAAAGUUGCAUACUCAUGCAACCAGAGAAGCAACUCUGAUCUUGGUUCUGUUAUCUUCAAGGAGCCUUUCUCCAAAGACAAGUCUGAACAUGUGUUGAGUAUGUAGUGUGUUUGAUUCGAGCUUUGUAUAGAGGCUUCCGUUGCUACGGCCUCAUUUUCUAUUUCUGUGUUGCAUGGGAGUUACACUGAAUGUUGUGUGCCAAAAAGUGCCCGACGCCACUAGUUUAAUUGUUAACUGUGUAUUGGGAUCCCAAACAAGUUAAAUUAAUGUUAUGAAACAA